GACCGGCUCCUAGGAUGAGUGAAGGGGCGGCCGCUGCCUCGCCACCUGGUGCCGCUUCGGCAGCCGCCGCCUCGGCCGAGGAGGGCACCGCGGCGGCUGCGGCGGCGGCGGCGGCGGCGGGCGGGGGCCCGGACGGCGGCGGAGAAGGGGCGGCCGAACCCCCCCGGGAGUUACGCUGUAGCGACUGCAUCGUGUGGAACCGGCAGCAGACGUGGUUGUGCGUGGUGCCUCUGUUCAUCGGCUUCAUCGGCCUGGGGCUCAGCCUCAUGCUGCUUAAAUGGAUUGUGGUGGGCUCCGUCAAGGAGUACGUGCCCACGGACCUGGUGGACUCCAAGGGAAUGGGCCAGGACCCCUUUUUCCUCUCCAAGCCCAGCUCUUUCCCCAAGGCUAUGGAAACCACCACAACGACCACUUCCACCACGUCCCCAGCCACCCCCUCUGCCGGAGGCGCCGCUUCUUCCAGGACGCCUAACCGGAUUAGCACCCGUUUGACCACCAUCACGCGGGCACCCACUCGCUUUCCUGGGCACCGGGUGCCCAUCCGGGCUAGCCCGCGUUCUACCACGGCACGGAACACUGCUGCACCCCCGACGGUCCUGUCCACCACGGCCUCUUUCUUCAGUAGUAGCACGCCAGGCUCCAGACCCCCGAUGCCAGGAGCCCCCAGUACGCAGGCAAUGCCUUCCUGGCCCACUGCGGCGUACGCUACCUCCUCCUACCUCCACGAUUCCACUCCCUCCUGGACCCUGUCACCCUUUCAGGAUGCUGCUGCCGCCGCCUCUUCCUCCUCACCCUCUUCCACCUCCUCCACUACCACCACCCCAGAAACUAGCACCAGCCCCAAAUUUCAUACUACAACAUACUCCACCGAACGAUCUGAGCACUUCAAACCCUGUCGAGACAAGGACCUGGCGUAUUGCCUCAAUGACGGUGAAUGCUUUGUGAUUGAGACCCUGACAGGAUCCCAUAAGCACUGUCGGUGCAAAGAAGGCUACCAAGGAGUCCGUUGUGAUCAGUUUCUGCCGAAAACAGACUCCAUCUUAUCGGAUCCAACAGACCACUUGGGGAUUGAAUUCAUGGAGAGUGAAGACGUUUAUCAAAGGCAGGUGCUGUCAAUUUCAUGCAUCAUCUUUGGAAUUGUCAUCGUGGGCAUGUUCUGUGCAGCAUUCUACUUCAAAAGCAAGAAACAAGCUAAACAAAUCCAAGAGCAGCUGAAAGAGUCACAGAAUGGGAAAAACUACAUCCUCAAGGCAUCCAGCACAAUGACAAAGUCUGAGAGCUUGAUGAAGAGCCAUGUUCAACUUCAAAAUUAUUCAAAGGCGGACAGACAUCCUGCUAUUGCGCUGGAGAAAAUAAUGGAGUCAAGUUUUGCAGGUCCCCAGUCAUUCCCUGAGGUCGCCUCUCCUGACAGAGGAAGCCAUCUUGUCAAGCACCACAGCAGGAGUAUUUCUUCUUGCUGUAGCCCAGGACAGAGGAGUGGGAUGCUACAUAGGAAUACUUUCAGAAGGACACCACCUUCACCCCGAAGUCGACUCGGUGGGGUUGUAGGACCAGCGUAUCAACAACUGGAAGAAUCAAGAAUCCCAGACCAAGAUACGAUACCCUGCCAAGGGAUAGAGGUCAGGAAGACUAUAUCCCACCUGCCUAUACAGCUGUGGUGUGUUGAAAGACCCCUGGACUUAAAGUAUGCAUCCAAUGGCUUAAGAACCCAACAGAAUGCAUCAAUAAAUAUGCAACUGCCUUCAAGAGAAACAAACCCUUAUUUUAAUAGUUUGGAUCAAAAGGACCUAGUGGGUUAUUCAUCCCCAAGGGCCAAUUCUGUGCCCAUCAUCCCUUCGAUGGGUCUAGAAGAAACCUGCAUGCAAAUGCCAGGAAUUUCUGAAGUCAAAAGCAUUAAAUGGUGCAAAAACUCCUACUCCGCUGACAUUGUCAAUGCGAGUAUUCCAGUCAGUGAUCGUCUUCUAGAAGAACAACAGGAAGUGAAGAUAUUACUAGAGACUGUGCAGGAACAGAUCCGGAUUCUGACUGAUGCCAGACGGUCAGAAGACUAUGAACUGGCGAGUGUGGAAACUGAGGACAGUGCGAGCGAAAACACAGCCUUUCUCCCCCUGAGUCCCACGGCCAAAUCAGAAAGAGAGGCACAAUUUGUCUUAAGAAAUGAAAUACAAAGAGACUCUGUGUUAACCAAGUGACUCAAGAUGUAGGAAUCUGUGCAUUCUAUGCUUUGCUCAACAGGAAAGAGAGGAAAUUCAAUACAAAUUAUUUAUAUGCAUUAAUUUAAGAGCAUCUACUUAGAAGAAACCAAAUAGUCUGCCGCCCUCAUAUCAUAGUGUUUUUUAACAAAAUAUUUUUUUAAAGGGAAAGAAACGUUUCAGGAGGGAUAAAGCUUACCACUAAAGCUUUUGGGGAGAAUUCUGAAUCCAAUUUCAGUUAGCCCCUUCACUGUUCUCUUUGGCUCUUGGAAGAUUUGGCCAAUUACAACCUUUGGUCCCAUAGUACCAGUAUCUAUAUGGAAAAGAAACUCGUGUUCACCUAGCUUCAAAGAGAAGAAGUUUGUCCCAAGAGCAGAUGUGCUAGUAAGCAGGUAGUCCUGGCCAUUUGACUCUUGAGUUACAACCCCUAAAUUCCUAUUCAUCAAUGCUCACACCACAGAUUAUGUCAUGUCAAGGAAUGUAGUGCUUUGUAUUUGGUUUUUAGAGAAUGGCAGGAAAACAUAAACUGUAAGGAAGACAGAAAAUAGGAGUAAUCUGGGCAAUCUUAGCUACUCUAUGUGCCAUCUUUCUCUGUAAUUUGAAAGCACAGACCCUCAAGAGAAGUGGGAAAUUAUUAUAGGAAAAGAGACAAAAUGACAAUGUUGUGUCAAAAAAAUUCAUGCUAAAAAUGUUUUUCUUGGGGAGUAUUAAGAAGCUCUGAAAGGGCACCUUUCAGUGUGUGUGUGUGUGUGUGUGUGUGUGUGUGUGUGUGUGUAUACCUGUGUGCACAGGUGUGAGGGUGCAAGCGCUUGGCUUACUUACCCAAGCACAUAUGUUGUAUGCACACAUAUUUCUUGUACGUAUGUGUGUGCAUGUGUGUGUGUGUAUUAAAGCUUGCUAAAAUUUGUUCUGAAACAUCAGGGAAUCUAAUAUUCAGAAGAGAUUUUCCCUCUUAGAUCUUUUUCACUUUAAAUUUUCCAUUAAAUAUAAAUUUGGUUAGUGACUUCUUGAACCAAGUUAACUUGCAUGGUGGGGUCUUAUAAAACUCUUGACAAUGUCUAGACCAUUUUCUGAUGUGAAGACAAUUGAAAAAGAUAGCCUGUGGCUUAUUGAUAUCAGCAACACAAAGCAAAUUAGUGGAGGAUGUGUUUAUUUUUAAUCAUUUACUUAAAUUACUAACACAAGCCAAUUAACAAAUUGACAGUUGACCAUUUUGUUUGUCAUCCUCAUUGCUAUUUUACAGCAAGUCUGCUCUGUGUAGACAGAGGCAUUGGCUUCUGUGGUUAAUGUGGAAGGAAUUAAUUGUUGAAAACCACAAAUCCCAGACUACUCAGUUCACAAGCAAUGCCCCCAAAUAGUAAAUUGUGUUGUAUGUUCAUUUGGAAUAAAGCAAUAUUUUUACCACUGCUAAGGUGAACUGAAAACCUCUCCUGAAGAUGUGUCUGUUUUAUUUUCCCUUAUUUUCAUGGGGCAUUCAAGGAAACUAGUGUUCACAUUCCCAGUCUUUAUCCAAUUAUUGGUGGUGUUGUUAUGUUUACACUGUUUAAAUAAAAAGGCACAGUAUUUGAAAGUACAUAAAAGAUUGCUUUUACUUUAGUUUUGGAAAAGCUUGUUUAAAAUAUCAUUGGUUUCUGUCACAAGCAGCGAAUACAUACAAUUCUUUCUUGAGGUAAGUUAUUUGUUAAAUAUAUUGUAAAUUGUUAUCUGUGAACAUUCAUUGAUAACAAAUAAAAUGCCACAUAAGGAAAGAAAGAGUAUUAAAAAAUCUAAUCAAAUCUGCUUAAUAGGAAUCCAAGGUCUUGGACGUUGAAAACACAUUGAUGGAAACCUACAUUAUAUCUGAUAAAAUUUGUGUGACAUCAUUAGUAGCCAUUAUAGUUUGGUUGUUUUGACUAUAGCAGUAACAUUAUAAUAGUUUCCAAAAAUAUAAAUUUUAAAUAUCUUCUUCCUCAACUUAGUUUUUACUUGAAAAUAUUUUCUAUUUAAGAAAACGUAGAAGAUGUUUGUAGUGUAUAAAAUCUUGAAAGUUGAGCAUCUAGUUGAGCACUGUUGUGUUAUUUACCCAAGUAUCAAACAAUGGUGAGGCCACACUGGUGUGUUAAAGUCAACUUUGUGGGUUUUUUUGUUUUGUUUUGUUUUGUUUUUUUUUAAUGGGCUUUUUUUGCUCUUUUCUUUUUUUGUUCUUAAAAUGUUACGUAUUGUUUAUCUAAAGAUUCCAUUCAUAUAACUAAGAAGACAGGUACUGUGAGCAACUGAAGUUAUUUAAAUAUCCUUUAUAAAAACAUAAAUAAAAACAACAAAAAACAAAAAUCAAAACAACGUAUGAUCAAUAUAACUUAAGUCUCACUAUAAGAUCUUACUGUAUAUCAUGUAAUUAUGAGGGAUUGUAUAUCAUAUAAUUAUGCUACAAGCCUUUUCUACACUCUGAAGAUAACAAGUAUCAGGCACAUCAUGACUAUGUUAUGGGAAGUUCAUAAUUAUCAUUACUUUUUUAAUGUUCAAGACAAAAUUCUCCACAGAACCAGAUGUUUGUGGUAGUUUCCAUGGCCUUUGUUUCCUCUUGGAACAGGAAGAACUACUGCAAGGUAUCUAAGUUCAAAGGGCACGUCCUAGAUCACCAGCUGACAAGUGCCAAGUGCAGAAAGCACUGAGACUCUCUACAGUAACCUGACCUGGCAGAUACCUCAGCCAUCACUGCUUUCUUUCUCAAGCUCAUGUGCUAAGUAGGACAUGAUAACUUCUACACAGUAUCUUUGAAUUUGCUUCAUUUUCCUCAUCUUUAUGAAAGGAACAGAUACUAGUAAUUAAAAAAGCAACAUAUACAUCAUUAACUGGAGGCUGACUAUCACCCAUUAUUACUAUUAUUACUAUUAUUAUUAUUGCUUUGAGUCAUGGUCUGGUAUUUUUUAUAUAUAACACAACAUUUUAAAUACUGGUAGCUAUUGUGGAAUGCCGUUGUUGACCAAUCUGUGUUCCGAAGGUAGAGUAGAAAUGGUGUUGGAGAGGCAGCAUCUGGGUUAUUUUCUUCCUAUGUAUAUUAGACACUCUCUUUCAGACUACUACAGUGUCUGCCUUGCUGUGAAUUAAGGUCAAUUUACCACACAUCCAAUGAUUCACAUCCCUUUUAAGUAACAAAAGAAGAGGCAUAGAAGGGUACUGCUCUCAGGAUUUCACAAAGUAGUCAGAUAACACACUGACUAAAAAGAGUAGGCAGGCCAUACGGACUUCAGAAUAUUCCCUCAGUUGUGAAAAGAAUAGCUACAAUUUUUGA